GGGGGCAGGGGCAGCGUGUCCCUGUCGCAGAAGCGUCCUCCUGUCUCUGCCGUGCCACCGCCUUCAGUCGGGGCCUGAAGGAGUCCAGUCUCGUUGCCUGAAGGGUUGAUCUUCAAGGAUGUUCUCCACCAGGAUGCUGGUGUGGGUGAUGCUGCUGUUUCUGCCUGCAGCCUGGCAGGUGGGGGCUGACACUUGCCAGGGUCUGGCUCUCAUCCCGGGAACACCUGGAAGGCCAGGCGCACCGGGAACCGAUGGCAUAGAUGGAACUGACGGGCCAAAGGGCAGCCAAGGUCGCCCUGGGAUAUUUGAGGACAGCAAAGAUGCAGGGGAGCCGGGGGAACCAGGGGAACCUGGGCAGCCAGGGAAAGCAGGUCCCAAGGGGCCAGCGGGCUCCAAGGGGCCUCCUGGCCCUCCAGGCCCCCAGGGGCCCAAAGGGGACUCCGGCGACUCCCGAUCCUCCCAGAAAGCGGCUUUCUCGGCACUCCGGGGCAUCAGCCAUUCUGCACGGAGGGGGCAGCCCAUCCGGUUCGAUCGUGUGCUCCUCAGCGUGAACGACAACUAUGAGAACCGCUACGGACGCUUCAGCUGCAGCAUCCCGGGGGUGUACUACUUCACCUACCACAUCUCCUCCCGGGGCAACCUCUGCCUCCACCUCAAAAAGGGCCGAGGCACCGAGCGAGGCGAGAGGGUGGUGGCCUUCUGCGACUAUGUCCACAGCACCUUCCAGGUCACCACCGGCGGCGUGGUGCUGCGCCUGGCCCAGGGCGAGACGGUGUGGCUGGAGCCCACAGAUAAGAACUCUGUGGUUGGGGGCACGGAAGGGGCCGACAGCAUUUUCUCGGGGUUCUUGCUGUUCCCAGAUAGUUAGAGGGGCCCACGUCGGCCUCCUGCUUGCUUUCCACCUGGUUCUGCUGCAGAGCUUGCCUUGGUGUGUGGGCCCUUUUGGGGCAAGGAGCCCCAGAGCUUUUCCUCCACACAUGCUUGUAAUCAGCACGCGGGGUCUGAAAACAAGAAACCGCCUCGGAGCUGUCCUUGGAAACAAAUAAAAAUGAUUUGAUUCCUACAAAAUCAA